UCCUUCCUACCACAGAGUAAUCGGAGGGAAACCCCCUAAACUGGAGAUCAGAGCUUUGCCCUUGAGCAAAAUGGUUCGGUUCAGGUUCGAUUUAGGGGCGCGGUGGACGGACCCCCUGCAUGAUACGGACUCCUGUUUGAUUCGCUUUCUUUCUUUCUUUAAAAGGGUCCCGACCCCGCCUGUGCAAAGCUUAAAGGAGCUCCCGAAGGAAGCUCAGCGUCAAGUAUUAACAUCCGAACAACAAAAAAAAGCCUCCAAUUCAGAACCAGUAAAUGUCUGCUUAGGCUCUUAGGGAGCCUCAAUUUGGCUGUCGUCGGUAAAAGGCAAGAGAGAAGUGCGGGGAGAGGGGACUUUGGAUUUCCGCCAGGCUCCCGCUGCUCCCUCUCGAAGCGCCUCACCUGGGGUUUAAUCCCGAUUUAAUCUUCCCACCCCCGCAUUGGACUGUUAAAAAACACACACCCCAAGAACCCCUAUUUAUGCCGAGGAGCCCGGCAAGAGGGCGCUCUGGCUUUGAGUCGCCUUCGCGGUCUUGCCCGGAAGAGGCCGUUGCUGGGAGACGGAGCCACUCGGGCCCGCCACAGCGAGGGCGGCGAGGCGGGAGACUUGGGACCUCGGUGGGCUGCGGCCGGGGCUGAAGGGGAGACGCGGAGGGACGGAGGGAGCCCUCCCGCGCAGGUGUUCCCAGCAGUCCCUGUCUCAUCUGAUGUAUCCAUUGCAAAUCUUCAGAGCUCGGGUAGUGUGGUGGGAAAGCCAUUGAUGCUCGUUCAUAGACUGACCUGGAUUUAAGGCAUCAGGGCAGACGUGAGAUCUAAGAACUACAAUUUAAAAAAAGUUAAGUCCUCCCCGUUUUUCUAAGCACAGCCAUGCCAAAGAAGAAGGGACGAAAACGGGCAGCGCUGACUGAAGAAGAACGGUUGCUUAUGAUGCAGCAGAAGCAGCUAGCUGAAGAGGAAAUGAAUAAAAAGAAAGAAGACAUGCUGGCCCAGUUCCUAAAGGAAAAGCUGGCCAAAGAGGAGCACAACAGCACUGUGAAUUUACACAAGAUCAACCUGCAGUGGCGCACGGUGCUCCGUGAAGUCAAGGCCAGGGAGCUGCGCAAAGACAUUGAGAUUCUGAGCCAGACCUUUGAACGUGUGGUGGACUGCAAAGACAGUGUAAUUAAGUCUCUUGCUAAGGAUCUUUCUGAAGCAGAAGCUCAGUAUGCCCAUGCCCUGCGCAGCCACUUACACAACAUUGAUAAACUGCUACAACUACAGCGCUGCCGCCUGAACUACUUAGAGGAGGAUUACCAGACUGAGCUAGCGGCAUUGCAGAAGGAAUUUGACACGGAGAGGAAGAUGAUCAUAGAACAUCACGAACAGGAGAAUCGCUACCUCCAGGAUGUGCUGCUGGCGAUGGAACAAAACUUUGCUGACAGCGAGUAUGAGGCCAGACUCGACUUUCAGAGUACAAGAGAUGAUGUUAAGAAUAAGAACCUGGAGGAAAAGCAUUACUUGCGCAUGCAGCUGGAGGGCAAAGUGGAGGAACUGUGGAAACGCUUCCAGCAGGCCUUACGUAACUAUACGGAGGCAACAGAGGACCGUAAGAUAGCCUUUGAAGCGCUCAAACUCAGGGAUGAGAAGAGCACCAAAGAGAUUGAGAGGCAGAUGAGGAAGCUGCAAAAAAUGCAGGACAUGAUCAUCAGCCUGAAGAACAAGAUUGCACUUCAUGCACGAGAAAGUGAGGAGCAAAACCGGCGUGUCCGUGAGGAGAAAGAGGUGGUGCUGAAACAGCUGCAGAAGCUGAAAUGCCAGAUGAACCGGGCAAGAGCCAGGGCCCGCAGCCAUUUGGCCAAGCUGACUAUGGAGAGCAGCGGGGCACUCAAAGUGCUGGAACGUGUGGUGGCGAAGGGAGAACUGAUCCUUCGCCUGGCUGAAAUGUGUCGGAGGUUGGAGUCCGAAGAGGAGAAGGUGCUGCCAUUUUAUGCUAGCUCCCUGAGCUGGGAUGAACAGAGGGCUGCAGAUAAGGUGGUCCUGGAGAAACCGGCAGAGCCACUAGCUGAGAUGAUGCAGGACUAUGUGGGUCUGGAGCGCUUCUGGCAAAGAUACAACAAGGUGAGGCUUGAGCAGCUCUCUCUAGAGCAGAAUAAAGAAGCCCUGCUCCAAGACAACCUCAAGUUAAGGCAGCUGCUCAAGCAAUAUCUAGAUGGCAUCUCAGUGAAUGAUGAGGUUCUGAGCCAGAUCAAUCCGUUAAUGAUUGUUAACCAACAGAGUAUUCUUCCAUCCCUGCCCCAGGCUGUGCCUGUGGGAGAGGCCCGGGUCAAGCGGCCUAUCUAUAAUGUUAUAGAGGCCGCGCAGGAGGUCUCACGAAUCCUGUAAGACAGCACCUGGGGAUUUCCAAGGAUUUGCAUCUGUCUUGUUGAUGGGUCCCAACUGAACCAGAGACCUGUAUUGGGACUUUUUGGAGAAGCCUGUUCCCAAGAGAAGUUGCCAUGAAAGAAUUAAACAGAGUUGAGCUGAUGUGUCUAGGAAUCUUUUCUGCUCUGCAAGUAGAAUCGUGGGCAAGGCUUUUUAUGUUAUAUCCAGAAAGAUCUCAGCGCCACACCUAUGCAUAAGCUUUUAAAAACUCUACCUCUUGUUCAAAGCAAAGCAAGUGCAUAAACAAAAACAUGGAAAAAGCAAACCUGUUGUGGGAUAUCUGGUGUGACGCAAAGACAGAAAAUGGGUGCUUUGAAACAUGCUGAUACUCUGCCUGUUUGUGCAUAUGGUUAGUUUGCCUUCCUCUUUCCAAUUUGUUGCAUUUUUAUUUAAGUCUUCCUUCAUUAACCCCACUAGACAACACCAAUCCCGUAUCUUGAAGCAAUGCAGAAAAAACUGUACAAUGUUACCUCAAAUUUGGCAAAUUUGCUUACACUUGUUUUGCAGCUGGCCAUGUGGGAAGUAGUUUGGCUUUGUUUCUAAAGUAAAGCCUAUGGGGUGAGGCUCAGGCACAUAGUCCCUGAGGAUAUAAUUUAUACUGCAACUCCCCAAUCCUGUGGACAACCUCAUAAGUAGGAAUAUACAUAAUGAUCUGCUGUGUCCAGCAGCAGGAUUUAACGUGUGCUCUGAGGCUAUAUUCAUAUUUACUACCUUAUGUAUGCUUUGUGCCUCUUCAACCAGCACAGAUGCUCCCAGCAUCUCUAAUUCACCCUCAGUUGUUUGGUGUGGGUGCUGAGAUCUUCAUUAGUAUUUCUUAAAUGCUAUAACAGGGAGAUGAAAUAACUGUUAAAACUAGUUGAAGCUCAUAGUGUACAUGCACCUCAAGGAUCUGAAAAGCUCCCUCAAUGCAGACCUCUGUUUCAGCACGAUCUGUAUCACUGAAUGUACACAGCUAAUGGGAGUUCAGAAUGUUUUAAACCAGUAACUGCUGCUCACAAAAUAUAUUCCUAGAUGGCCUUCAGUGUUUUACUAGUAACCGUUUCAUGUACCUGGUUUCAUGUCAAAAGCAUUCACAGUAAUGGUUCCUAGACAGCCUUUCCUGGUUAAAGGAAAUUCAUACUCCCAGCUGAAGAGGUCAUUUCUUCCCAUUCUAACCUCUGGGUGUUUGGCUGGAGGGUGUUCCACUUGCAUUUAUGUUCCCUAAUCCACCCCUGCACGCGCACUUUCCAUCUCAAGACAGAAAUAGCCACAAAGCUGUAUUUUUUAUGUAUAUAUAAAAAAGGUGGGGUGACUUUA